GGGCAGUCACUGUCAGGCCGGCCCGAUGCUGACUGGGCAAGCAAUGGCCUUCCUUUCCCUGACCUGGAUUAUUUACCGGGGCCUGGCCAUUCCUCGGAUUGCAGAAUGUGGCCUCUCGUGUUCUCAGGGCUUCACCUGCAGGAGCCACAUGAACUGGAACAUUUUCAGCAACUUCUGCCGGCAACCCCCCGCGUCCAUGUCCAGGUCGGUCCUGGAGACCCUGACGCUCUCCACUGCCAUGAAGUGUGCCCCCCGUAACGGCUGCUCCCUGCUCCUGCGCGUGCAUGCCUCCCUCACGCUGCAUGAGAGCCUGCGGGGCCUAGAGGCCUGUUCCAUGACCCUCGACACCCAGGAGAUCCAGUGUCAGAUCGUGCGGGUCUCCAGGGCCUCCCGCCAGAUGCAGGUGGGGCAGCAGCUCCAGGUGCACUUUGACUGCUUCGAGGUGAGCGUGGCCCAGAGCCUCUACGUCACCCUGAGGACUGUCCCCCACUUCUGCGGGGUCCAGCUAGACCAACAGUACCACGUGGAAGACUGCAGAGAUGAGGACAUGAGGAGGAACGUGCCAGACUGCUUUGCCAGGAAGCUCUCCUACUGGGUGGACCGCAGCCGUAAGGUGGUUCUGGUGCAGGUGCCGGAAGCCCCUGGGGGUCCCGACUACUAUGUGCGACUCUGCUUCAAGUGGUUCAUCUGCGAGGAUGCGGGCGCCCUGGUGCAGGUGACAGCGAACAGCGUCUCCCAGACCAUCUCUCUGCCCUACAGCCAAGAGCUGCCAUGUCUGUGCCUUGAGGGCUGGUCUGCCACCCCUGACGCAGUGCGGACCCAGACCUGCCCCUUUGAAGAUGACACGGAGGCACUGUGGGAUGCCAUCCACUACGACCCAGGGAGCCAGGCACUGAGCUGGGAGCCCGCCUGUCCUGUGAGUGGCCAUGUGAGUCUGUGCUGGCGCCCAGGGCCAGGGGUCCACUGCCACGAGCUGGAGCACUCGGGCCGGCCUGCACAUGGUAGGGUGCAGUACCCACUAGUGGACACACAGCCCCAGCUCUGCCUGAAGUUCUCCACCAGCCUGGGCUCCUGGGUGAAGUGCCCUUUUGAACAGCAGCGCUUCCCAGCCCCGCCCGCUUCCAGGUGCACCUGUGUCAUGGAAGGAAGAUGUGGCCGCCUGCCUGCCGCCCAGCACUCCCGGCCAUCCCCCUCCCUCCAGCCUCUGGUAACCUCACAGCUGACCCUGCAGUUGCCUUCGUGGACAUUCCUGGGGACGAGGCCUGUGCACCUGACACCUGCAUCCAGGGCCGGAGGACCGAUGUGCACUUCUCUGCCCCCCAGCAGCUGUGCGACCUCCAGUGCACUGCCAGCCGGCGAACAGCAGACUGAGGCUGGGUGUUGUGUCAAGAACAAGCAAGCAACAGAGCUGGACUGCUGGGGUGCGGCAGGGGGCCAGCUCGCAUCUGGGCACUCCAAGCUCUAACAGCAAAGGCCACACCUCAGGGCGUGGGAAUGGUCUCACCUGGCCCCAGGUGUGGGGCCCAGGCACCUUCCAGUUCUUCAGAGGCGUGCAGCUCCACGGGAGCCCUCAGGCUGGGCCUGCAGCCCCUGCCUGAACCCCCUGGGUGGGGACCAACAGAAUGGCUGGGCGGGAUGCCCUCUGCCCCAGACAGCCCAGACCCUGACCUGCCCUGUCUCAGCUUGAUCCAGGCUCCCUCUGGACAGCCCAUGGUCACAGCCACCAUCCCUAGCCCUGAGGUCCAGCACCUGGCCCUGCCCCCUGGGUGCGAGAGCUGUCCCCGGCCUCUGGAGUGCAGGUGUGACCCCAUCCUUUCUGUAGGGGUCUCAGGACCGUCUCCAGCUCCUGCUUGAACACCCCCUUGCUGGUGGGGGUCCACAAGCUGGGCACUUCCUGCUGCCCAGGCUAGGCUUUCACCCAAACCCCACCUCACAAGGCCCCCAGCUCUCUCUCCACUGUCCCUUCAAGGACUCUGCUAAGAACCCGGGGCUGCCUGCCACCUGCAGCACCCACCCUGACCCAACCUCCCCAGAGGUCAGGCCACCUUCCACGCCCCAGCCCCCAACCUGGCCGGUUCAGUGAAAGCUGGCCACUUCCACUGGCCUCCAGGGCCACCUGCCAGGACAUGCCAUUCUCAGACAUGUCACACUCACUGAAGGCCACCAUGUGCCAUCUGUGCUCAAGGACCACAGAGGGACCCUUGACCCUGCCGUGUGACUUUUGGACCCCAGGCCAGGGGUCACUAGAAGUUAGCCCACCAGCUCAGCCCUCACAGAACUCUCAUGCCAGCUCACAAAGACCACCCAGCUGCCCGUCCAGAGUCUGGGCAUCUCUCUACCUGUCUGCAAAUGCACUCCUACCUCCAGGCCCUGGGUCACCUGUCCCUCCUUCAGCCGGCCACAGGCCACUGGGCCUCCGGUCCCUCCCUCAUGGGCGCCUGCCCCGGCAGACGGGGGCGUGGGAAAGCCAGCUCGCCUGCUCACUCAGUAAACACCUGUCCACCUGGCUCACCUCUUCCCUUGAGGACAGAGAGGGGGUCUGCAGGGCAAGGUAGCCCCUCUGGGCAUGUGGUGGGGAGGAUUUCGGGGCCAGGUGUUAAAAUGGAGCCAAGGUCGUGCCUGCCGCCAGGGGCGGGGGCGGAACCACAGACACCAGAUGGAGCCUGCCUCCCCCUGACGUGGGAGCCCUCUAGGCUGUACCCAAGGACAUCUGGGACCCCAACGCCCCCCCUACUGUGUGUGUGGGAAGGAGGGGGCGUCUGUCCACACAGAGGCCACCCCCUCCUGCUCAGCCCAAAGCCCCCCCCCCCAUGAUUGAUUGGGGGGGACCCACCCCUUUCUGGAAGCCUUUCCCCUUUCUCCCUGCACCUGUGUGCCCAUAAAGAGGCUGAUGAGGGGCACUCUGGGUACCGAGGCCAGGGGCUGGAAAACGAGGUGGGGCCGGAGCAGGGAGGCCGCACCCUCGGACAUCAGGCGCCCCCACCCCUGCCCAGGUCAGGGUGGUGGGGCAGGCUGCGGCUCUGUGCUCUCCACGUGUCCUCAUUGUGUGGGACAGGACGAGGUCCUCUGGAAGCCCCUGUCCACUCCUGGUGUCUCCUCUUCAUCGAGGCACAGGGUCUGGUGGGGGACCAGAGUCCGGGCUCUGGUUGGGUCGCCCGCCUGGAGUUCCUGCUCCCACCCCUGUACCAUCCUGGGGCAGCCUGGCCAGGCGUGUAGACCCCGCCCUGACCCAGAGCCACCCUGAAUCUUGCCCACUGGAGGUGGAGAGCGGGGACAAUUUUCAGGAAGUGGUCACAGGAGCUGACCGCGUGCAGGCUCCUUCAAGACUUCAACACAGCCCUGGCCAUCCACAGAUGCAGGAAACUGAGGCCCCAACAGAAGCAAUGACUUCCCUCCUUUCCAGGACUGAGGGUGUUCAGGGCUGUAGGCAAUGGGGUGAGGAGGGGCAUGCUUGGGCCCAGCUACCCACGUCUGCUGCCACCAAGUGGUGCUCAGUGCCCGGGUCUGAUGACCUCCAUCCCACCUCCGCUCAGGAUCUGGGACCACACCCUGUGUCCCACAACAGACCCACUCACUUGGCCAGUAACUGCCCCCACCCCAGCCAGAGACUCCAUCCCCAUCUCAGGCCUUCCCUGCCCAGGAGAAAAGUGCUGGUGAACUGGGGCCCAGGAUGGGGAGUGACUAAGGGAGGUGGCAAGGUGGCCCAGGCCAGGGUUCGAAGUUUGACUGACACUGUGUGCCUUGUUCACAUUCAUUCACUCAAGCAGGUGCUGAGCACCCACAGGUGCCGCACUGACCCGGCACCAGGACCAAACGCUGACGAAGAUCCUGCCCCUGCAGCUGGGGACCGAGGCUGGGUGUGCUCGUGACUGAGUGGUUCCUGGGGUCAGGAUUCCCAGCCCUAAAGCCAGGCACCUGGAGCUGACCUCUGCAUGGGGGAGACAGGCCACAGACAGGCAAACACAGAAAUUGUGUGGGGCGAGCAGGGCCGGUGUCAGGCUGGAAGAAGGGGGCUGGGAAAGCAAACAGGAAGUUGGGGGGGCCAUGUAGAGCAGGGUGGUCCCCGCCUCUCGUGAACAGACUGCAGACUCAAGGGGCGGCAAGCUGUCUGGUUCUAACAGCAUCUGAAGGUGAGAGGUGGGGUGUGGCAGGCAGGGGCCACAGGGUGACCCUGCACAGGUCGGAGCAAAACAGAUGUUUUGGCCUCCGUGACUGGAGGAUGGAGCUCCGCUGGCUGAGAUGGGGAUGCGGCAGCGGGAGCUGGGUUUGGAUUUUGUAAGUUUGAGCCAUCUGCUAGACGUUCAUUCAUCCAGUCACCAAUGCUUACAUAGUGCCUGCCGUGUACCUACUCCCUCAGUGAUCAAAACAGAUGCAGAUCCCUGCCCGAAGCAGAGGACAGAGGCAGAAACAUAAAAAAUGAGUGAACUAUCUAGGAUGUAUUCAGAAAGAAAAAGCGGAGCAGAGAAAGGGAAGGAGAUGGUUGUGGGGCAGCACGGCAGGGUGGGUCCAUGCAGGAUGUGAUAGGGAUGUGGGAGUUAGUGGACACAAGUGGAAAAACAAUUCAAAAUAAAGAUUCCUGCCAACCCAGUGAGUCCUCUCCACAAAGGUCGAAAAGAAACAGUUUUAUUUUUGAAUAAGCAUUAAGAGAUGGCAAAGACAGAAAUCCCCCCCUUUCAUACAAGCCAGGUGCAACCCGUUCCACAUGUGAUCUCAAGAGAAGUGAUAGCUUGUCCUCAAGAGCACUUGACAUAGAGCCUGUUUCGUGUGCGGAUAGCAUCUCCCAGCUCUCUCUGGUUACAUUUGCAGAGAAUGUCCUAUUCCAUCCUUUCAACCUCUUUGUGUCUUUGUAUCUAAAGUGAGUCUCUUGUGCACAGCAUGUAGAUGGGUCGUGUUUUUUAAUGCACUCUGCCUGUCUCUGCCUUUUAAUUGGAGAGUUUAAUCCAUUUACAUUUAAAGUGAUCACUAGAAAGAAAGGAUUUACUUCUAUUUAGUCUCUUGUUUUCUCUAUUUCUUAUAUAGUUUUUGUUCCUCAAUUCCUCCAUUACUGCCUUUUUUGGUAUUUAGUUGAUUUUUUGUAGUGUACCAUUUUGAUUUCCUUCUUUUUCUGUAUAUUUUUUCAGUAUUUUCUUAAUGGUUUCCUUGGGAGUUACAAUUAAAAUCUUAAACUUAUAACAACCUAGUUUGAAUAAUACCAAUUUAGUUUCGCUAGUAUACAAACACUGCUCCUAUACAUUUCUAUCUCUCCCCCAUUGUCACAGAUAUGUCUUUAUAUACUGUGUGCCCGUUAACAUAGAUUUAGAACUGUUGUUUCAUGCAUUUGCCUUUUAAAUCAUAUAGGAAACAGAAAGAGAUGUUACAAACCAAAACUGCAAUAGUACUGGCUUGCAUAUUUUCCUGUAUAGUUACCUUUACCAGUGUUCUUUAUUUCUUGAUAUGGCUUGGAGUUACUGUCUGUUGUCCUUUCAUUUUAGGUUAAAGGACUCUCUUUAGCAUUUCUCAUCGGGCAGCUCUACUUGUAAUGAGCUCCAUAAACUUUUAUUUAGCUGGAAAUAUCUUACUUUCUCCAUUUUUGAAAGAUAGUUUUACUGGAUAUAGAAUUUUGGGUUGACAGGUUUUUUUUCUUUCUUUCAGGACUUUAAAGCUGUCAUCCCACUGCUUUCUGGUCUCCAAGGCUUCUAAUGGGAAAUCUGCUGAAAAUCUUACUGAGGAGCUCUUGUAUGUGACAACUCAGUCACUUCUCUCUUGCUGCUUUCAAGAUUCUCUCUUGAGAAUCUUGGCUUUUGACAGUUUGGCUAUAACGUGUCUGGAUGUGGAUCUCUUUAACUUUAUCCUACUUGGAGUUUGUUGAGAUUCUUGGAUAUAUAGAUUCAUGUAGUUCAUCACAUUCGGGAAGUUUAGGGCCAUUAUUCAUUCAAAUAUUUGUAUAUCCCUUCUCUCCCCUCUUUCUAGGAUUCAUAUGAUGUGUAUGCCAGUACUCUUGAUGGUGUCCCAUAGGUCUCUCUAGCUUUUCAAUUUUUCUUCAUUCUUUUUUAUUUCUGCUCCUCAAACUGGGUAAUUUCAAUGGCCUUAUCUUCAAAUUUGCUGAUCUUUUCUUCUGCCUGCUCAAAUAUGUUAUAGAACCUCUCUAGUGAAUUUUUCAUUUUGGCUAUCAUACUCUUCAGCUCCCGAUUUUCUAUUUGGUUUCUUUCUAAAAUUUUUCUUUAUUGCUAGUCUCUAUUUGUUUGUACUUUGUUCUCCUGAUUUCCUUUAGCUCAAUGAACAUAUUAAAGGCAGUUGAUUUAA